AACACUUGAUACUCGCGCGGUGACUGGGCAACUUCAACUCACCCUCCUCAUCGCCCCUCCUCCAGCAGCAGAUCCAUUUGACAUACUCCGUUCAUGAUAUGGUGCUAGCACCAGAGGCCCCUGAUGCGGCAAAAAUGAGUCUUGGUUCCUGAGUUGCCCCUUCCAGAUGCCAGCCAUGCAUCCGCUCCACAAUCAAGUCUCCUCGGCCCUGCAAACACGCCACAACAUCUCCGUCAACCCCCACUGGCUCGACACAUUCCUCACGUCGCGCGGCCCCAACCCGCCACCGCUCCCAGCCCUCAUAUCGACCGCGCACUUCCGCAUUCUCGCGAGCGACAUCACGACCACCGUCUCGCCGAGAGGCACGGCGGAAGCGUUCCCCGAAGGCAUUAGCGACGUGAAUGUCAAGGAGCGACGACUCGAGGGCACGGUGAUCGCCCAAGUCCUCGACGUUCUCGACGUGGGCAGUAGCAAGUGGAGCCAGGUCGAGGCCAUCGAGCGGGUCGAACGCGGCGAGGAGGUCCGCGGACGAGAAGUCAUCCGCACGGUCAAUGGCAUGGGUAAUGACAACAACGAGGGCGAUGCCGGCAGUGUCAACGCCACCGCGGCACCCCCUCCAGGCGGGGGCACAAUCGCUCCCUCGUCUACGACUUUGUCGUCCGCGGCCAAGAAACUCAGCGUCGGUCCCCACAAGCUCCUCCUCCAAGACGCGCGCGGCACCAAAGUGCUGGCCUUCGAGCUGGUCAAGAUUCCCAAGAUCGAGCUCUCUACUUCGGCGUCGGCGGCGCUCCCGCCUUCUGCUCGAAACCUCGGCACUGCAACACUGCCUGAGGACCCGGGAAUGUUCAUCGGAUGCAAACUACUUCUAAAGCCUGACACCGUCGUCCGGAGAGGCGUGAUCAUGUUGACCCCGGAUAGGUGUGUCGUGCUCGGCGGAAAGGUCGAGGCCUGGGACAAGAAAUGGAAGGAAGAGAGGAAACAAAGAUUAACCGCGUUGAUCGGGGAAGAAAAUGCCACUGGGAGUGGCUAAGAGAGGGACCGAACGAGGGAGAGAAUCAGGAAGAGAUGAGCGCCAUCAUCCUCAGCUGUUCAGUCGCAAUUGGGCUCCCACAGGUAUCUGUGUGUCUGCGCCUUGGGAAAAAGGAGGAG